AAAAUUUCGGGAUCACAAUCGAGUAUGAAUAUUGAAAAAGAUAGAAAUAUACGCUCGAAUAGUUCGGUAUUUCAUAGAUAGAAAGAGAGGGGGCAUUAUAUUCGAGGGGUUCACGGUAAGGUAAGGAAAAUGUACAGCAGUGCGGAGAUACGCUCCUGCGGGUUACGAUCACGAUCGUGGCGCGUGCUAUGUGUUUGUGAAAUUGUGCAUUCGAAGAGAAUUUAUCGUGUCGGAAAUACCUUCGCGAGCGUCUUUCGCGUUAAACGAAUUAGCGGGCGGCUUUAAAGUCGUUCGAUUCACAGCCGAACGGUUCCUGACUUGCAACGAGCGAGGAAAACAUAGAGAGAACGUUCGCUCGUUCGUAUGCAUCCAUAAGCGAGAGAAGGUGGGAUCGACGAUCUACGAUGAAGUACGCUCGCGUGGGUAGCGAUCUACCAGUACGAUAAGAACCGUACAGACGGCGAUAAAAACGAUAAGAAAAGAUUGUCAACGAGUGAAACAUAACUGCAAGCAGUAGGCCAGAUAUGAGGUAUCGCUGGAACAUCGAGUAUACCGUUUCUUCGCGUCACUAGACCUACCGUUUUGCCUCGGUGUCUCUCUGUGCAUCGUUUUACUAUUACUUCGUCGGGAGAAAAGCGCUGGAACGUUAAUCGAAAAAGGAAACUAAACGCGUGUUCCGCAGAGUUAAACAUGCCGCUGUUCAAGGCGCGUGUCGUGCAAAGGUCACCCACGUUGGAAAAGGUUUCGAAUGGUGGCACGCAUUAUGGGAACAACCAUUGCCACCAAAAUGGUAACGAAAACGACCAGGAAGCCACUGACGCCGACAACAACACGCGUGCCCAGAAGAACAAUGCCGUUUCUCACAAUCAAACGCAAGAGCAACGACGAUCAUCCAGAGUGUCUAGGCCGCCCUUGGUGUUUCAUUGUCAACUGGCGCAUGGCAGUCCCACAGGCCUGAUAUCGGGUUUCAGCAAUGUACGGGAACUUUAUCAGAAAAUAGCGGAAUGCUACGAAUUACCCGUAGAAGAAAUACUUUUCUGCACGCUAAACACACACAAAAUAGAGAUGACGGAAUUGCUAGGUAGUCAGAUUGGGGUUGGUGAUUUUAUAUUUGCGCAUAAGAAAGGUCGACCGAAAGAGAUUGAGUUGGUGAAGUCCGGCGACGCUCUAGGAUUAACGAUAACCGAUAACGGCGCAGGAUAUGCCUUCAUAAAGCGUAUAAAGGAAGGAUCCGUGAUCGACAGGAUAAAGGUGAUCGAGGUCGGGGAUCAUAUAGAGAAAAUCAACUCGGAUAGUUUGGUCGGUAAACGGCACUUCGAGGUAGCGAAAAUGUUGAAGGAGAUCCCGAAAGGUUCCACGUUCACGUUAAGGCUGAUCGAACCGUUGAAAAAUGGCUUUGGGAACAUUGGUCCGCGCGGAGACCUCAAGAAAGGAAAGAAAUCUGGUUACGGUUCCGGAAAAGAGACGCUAAGGUUUAAAGCAGACGGAAGCGCGCAAAUUAUAGAGAUGGUGGAUGAUGCUGCCACGAUAGGCAUUGAAAAGAUUAACGUAAUUUUAGAGAGCUUCAUGGGUAUCUACGAUACGGAAUUAGCAACGCAAAUUUGGGAGCUUGCCGAAGGUAAAGGCAACAGCAUCGAAUUCGCAGAGGCAAUAGACAAUUCAGAUUUGGAGGCUUUCGGAUUUACCGACGACUUUGUCAUUGAAUUAUGGGGUGCUGUUACAGACGCUAGGGCCGGGCGACAUCGAUAAUACAAAUAACUGAUUAAACAAAGACAAAA